AUGGGUAAGUUUAAGAAAACCCAGAAAAUCGUAAAACUGAAACGAGUUAUAAAUCCAAACGAUAAAAGGAUUAUUCAGAAUAAUAAAAUAAAACAAGCAGAAGAAGAAAAAAAGAAGAAAAAAAAAGAGAGUGAACAAUUAAAACAAAUAGAAGUAAUUGACAGUAAUUUAUUUUUUAAUUAUAAUGAAAAUUUAUGUCCACCAUAUAAUAUAAUCCUAGAUACGAAUUUUAUAAAUUCGAGUAUACAAUAUAAAAUUGAUAUAAUAAAAGGAUGUUCUGAGGUUCUACUAGCCAAAUGUAAUAUCUUUGUAACAGAUUGUGUAGUAGCAGAAAUGGAAAAGUUAGGACAACGAUAUUCUUUAGGAUUAAAAUUAAUAAAGGAUCCACGUUUUCAAAGAUUAACUUGUAAUCAUAAAGGUACAUAUGCAGAUGAUUGCAUAGUUAAUCGAGUUAAAGAAAGUCGUUGUUAUAUUAUUGCAACAAAUGAUAGAGAUCUUAAAAUAAGAUUAAGAAAAAUACCAGGAGUUCCUAUUUUAUAUGCUAAAAAUUUUAAAUAUAAAAUCGAAAGACUUCCAGAUAAUAUACUUAUUUCAUAA